UUCUUAUCAAAUAUCAUUUGAAUGAUUAUUUCCAACAUGCUUCCAGCGAUGCUUCGUAAAUAAAUUGCUGGCAGAUGAUACCAAAAACAAGUUUGUCGAGGGCGAAGGUUUGAACUUCGUAGCAAAUUUCUCAGAUACGAGACGAAGAACGACGUAAAGCAGUUUGAUAAAUUAACUUUGCAGAUCUAAAUUGUUCUCGCAAAGAUGAGGGUCGACCAAAUCGGGCUGCUCUUAUGGAAGAACUACAUCGUGAGAAAACGCCAACCGGGCAUAUUGGCUCUGGUGUUCGUAUGGCCGGUGGUCGUGUUCAUGAUCCUGUACACGAUUCGUGACAACGUGGAUCCGAGGUACUAUCCAACUUGCCAAUUUCCUGCGAGGUCGAUGCCACAGAACGGUCUGCUGCCGUUCGUUCAGAGUUUCAUCUGCAGCCUUGGGAAUCCCUGCGACCCUCUGUCGGAAUACGAAGAGGUUCCUUCUUACAGAAACGCCACUCUAGGCCCGUUGGUGGUUGAGUUGCAGCCGAUGCUCGGUAACGAGACGAUUCUUUCCGCUAUCAGCACGCUGCCGAAUAGCAUCCAGCUUCUGAAAUCAAUGGCGCAGAUACUUACCAGACCGGAAAUCAAAUCGCUGUUCGAUCGAGGCAUUCGAUUGGGUGAUCUGUUCAACAACCACGAGGAAAUCAAGGACCACCUCAGGCUUCAGAUGCCGUACGCGCGAAGCGGAUUGAUCGACCAACUGUUCAACUCGUCUAUAAAGUUACUAUACCUCGUCGAGGCGUUCGGCUCGUCCAAUAUCGACGGAGUGAUCUGUUCACCGGAAAGUUUGAAGAAGUACCUGAUUCUACGGGACGAACAGGACUACGCGGAGAUCUCCAAGAUCCUCUGCGACAUCGACUCGGGUAUGAUACCCGACAUGCUCGAGAGUUUGUCCAAGCACCUUGAUUUUUCCGGCUUACUGGAGAUGGUCGACCGGGUAAUGGCAAAGUUUCGCGACUACGAUUUUUUCGACGACCUGAGGAGAGCGGUGGAAACGAUCCUCGAGCUGCAGACCGUGAAGAAGUACAUCCCGGAGUAUUUGAAGAUACGCGAAUGGCUGCCAAAGAUAAUAACAACGUUUAAGAACGUCACGUUCAAAGAGAUUGACCUGACUUUCGUGAACAAAUCGCUGCGAGUUUUGGACCCGGUGUUCUCGAGGGAGCGCGACUGGCCGACCGUGCGCCAAGCAUUCUCCAAGUUGCAAAAGUUACUCGAGCUGGCUAAACGAACGUUGAACGAUCGAACUACCGUCGACUCGUCCGACAGUUUUUUCACACUAGUGCAGCGUUUAUCCGGCGGGUUUCAACUUAUGUUCGACAAUAUGGCGAAUCCGGAGAAUCUCACACAAAUUCUGGAUCUGGGCAUUUCCAUUCUGCACGACGGCGCCAAACUGACGCAAAGCAUCUUGGACCGUCACAUCGACGACAUUCAACUGCCAGCCGAAAUUCUGGAUGGGCUCACGAAUUUUUUGUCAGACAACAUCCUAGCAACGUUGAGCUACGUCGUAUCUUUUAUGCGGAUCAUAGUCAGGAUGUUGCAUCAUGCCGCCGUCAUUCACGAGGACGUUCAGUACAGAGUUUACGAUAUUUCCAUAAAUCACAAGGACACGGUGGAGAAACUGUUGACGAGCCUCGAUCCGAACGCUUAUCGAACUCUCGUCAAAUCGUUCUCCAACUUGAACUUCGUCGAGAGAUUCGUGGAUAAAGUCAAGUUCAGCAGAGCGGAGGAUUUCUUUUGUCAGGGGGAGACGUUGAACGAGAUCUUCCAGCUUUCCAAAGUGGGGAACGAAUCUAGGUAUAUCGAGGAUAUAGUGUGCAACGAUGCCGGGAAAAAGUUCAUCCGCGAUGUGUACGAAAGUUUCGCGCUGAGGAACUUCGAGAGCAUAAUGAACGACGCUUUGUCCACGGUGUUCAGCAUGGUGUUCCACAAGGUGGUCAGCAUCGAGAAAUCGAAUCUAACUUCGCUCGUCAGCAACACAAGGGAAUUGGUGUCGCAUUUGAACUCGCCGAAGAGGCCGGAGCCUGACUGGACCGUGUUCAAGUUCAACGAAAAAUGGGACGAUGCUUUCGAAGAAACUCGAGCCCAAGGAAGAUUGAACCUCCUGGCGAUCCACUUGAGCAUCGCGAAAAUGAUCGGUUCUCAUAGUUUAACUUACAACGUUAUCGAGCCAGACCUGAAGAAGAUGGACAUACUGGCGGAGAUGAUCUUGCAGGACUUGGAGAAGAAUCCCACGAGCUGGAUCGGCGAGUUCAGACAGCGGAAGAUGGAAUUGAUCGAGUCGUUCUACUUGACAGUUACCGACAAGGAUAAGGCUCUAAAAAUUCUAGAGUAUGACAAUUUCACGAGAACCUAUUGCACGAAUCCGAACCCGCCGGACUUGAUAAACUUCCCGAAAGGCUCGAACGAAACAGUACUGAAGGCGUUGAUCUGUCGCAUCUCGAGGUCCGUGCAAAUGGACUUGGAGAUGAACAUGUCGGACAUGGAGCAGACGGAGGAAAUCCGUUACAGGAACAGAGCGCCGUUCAAUUGGACGAACUUCAACGCGAGAACGAUCGAGAUUUAUCGUUACGUCGACACUUUGGUCCAUCAGGAGAAUUCAGACUACGACGCGACUAGAUUGGAAAGAUUGAAGGAGGAGUUUCAAACGUCUUGGAGCCUCGACGUAGGCGCGAAAGACGUCUUCGAGAUGAGCGUAGGUUUGAUCUGCAAGUUCUUCAACCUGAUGGAGAGCCCUCUGUUCCGCGCGAGAGGGAUGUGGAAGGAGAUGCACGCGAUCGCUUGGGCGUCGUCGGUGAUCUUCGAGAACAUCGAGAGGAUCGUUGAUCAAAUCCAGAAGAACGAUCAUACAGCGAAGCUCUCCGAGGUGUUGCAGGAUAUGCCGCAGACGGAGAUCCUUUUGAGCGCUUUCCUGCGAAACUUGUCGCCUUUGAUUCUCGACGUCGUCGAUAUCGUCACCAUGAAGCCGAUUCAUCUCAUAUCUGUCCUGGACGAUUACAAGUCGCGAGAGGAACGUUGGCCCUGCGUGCAAAACGAGAGCGUCGGAUCCGCCAUGGAAAUGCGGGACGGCACUCGGGAAAUAAUAAGAGAGAUCGAGAGGAUAUCCUGUAAUCCAGCUUUGUUUAUUCAAGAAUGGAGAGAGCAAGCAGUGUUUGCCAGGGCGAAGAAAAUUCGUGACAACGUGAUUCAAUCUCCCCCCUUCAAUUGGACUUUGGGUUACAUAAUAUUCCGCCGACAGGCUAAGAAGCUCGACGAUCUGGUCAACGACGUGAAAGAAGUUGUCCUGGCGGAACAACCGAAUUUCUCGGAGCACUUGGAGUCCCUCGUGCCGGAAGUUAAAAGCAUAUUCAACAAUAGGUGGCCGGAUAUGAAGAACGAUGCGAAAAACACGCUAGAAUACGUUGACUACGAAUUAGACAAGAUAGUGACAGUUUUCCAAAAUCACCUUUCGGCUAAAGAAAUUUGGACCCCGACGAUUCGCAUCGAGGAUCGAGUUCUCCUUCUGGUAAAAUACAUCUCGCACGUUGUUCACAAAACGGUAAAGACUGCGACUGAUAUUUUACGCGAUGCUGCGUUGCAACAGUCUUCGGGAAAAUCCGUAAAAUUUAGCUUGUUUCCUCUGCUGGGGUUCAACGACAAAACGCCAAUCUCGAUUUAUUACAACAAGCUGCACUACGUCCUGGCCACGCUGAUCAAUGGAUUAUCGACGUCGGACGUCGGCAAUCGCAUAGUAACGUCAUCAGACAAUGUCACUUGUUCUCGAUUAUUCGAAUGGUGGUCAGAUCACGUCGUUGGCCUUACCACCGAGGAAUAUAGGAUUUUGAAGAAUUUCACCUGUGACCUUGUCCCUGACAACUUCAACGCUUACACCGACCUGUACAUGGCCGAGGAAAGUCUAUGGUCGAAGCCUGUCAAUAGCUAUCGAUCGUACACGAUCACGUCGAUUGGUGACUUGUACGAAUUUGCGUUUGAAGUUCGGAACAUCAUCAGACGCACGGAGGACAAGGACGUGGAAAUCGAGAUUCCAUUUUCCAUGUCUUAUCUGUCGACUACUCUUCAGAGGCUCAAGGACGCUUUGGAGUUUCACGACGAAGAGACGGUGCAAGAGAAGGAUUUAAGAAGGAGUAAUUACAGAAUCUUUGUCGAGGGUGUCGCCGAGGGUUUGAAUCACAUCACGAACGCAAUGAAAAAUAUUAACACCGAGAAUAGAGACAUCAAUGUUUGGGACUUUGUUGAGAGUGGCGAUGCCCGCCAGUUGUUGAAGAUCCUCGACCAUCAUGCCGAGGAAACGAUCGCUCUGCUGGCUAGUCUCAUCACGCUCGAUUCGUCGACAAAUGCUUUCACGUCGUACGAGGAUGUAAGGAGAACCAUGUGCAACUAUCGGUUCAACUCGAGCUAUUGGUCCACACCGAACAGAACUCGAUUCGUGAAUGAAAUAUGCUCCUUCGACCCCGAACAAUUGCUGAAGAGCGUCACCAGCGCGGAAUACUACUCUCUCGUGACCGGUCAGACUACGUUAUCAAAAUUAACAUCCCUAAGCUCCUCCGUUACCAAACUGUUGGACACGGCGUUGAACUUCCAAGCGUGGCAGGAGGAUAACGUUUCCGUUAUAAAGUCGAGAAUUUUUAAUGGAACGACCUGGAGGAAUUUGUCGAACGAGACGUGGUCUGUCAUCGGGAAAGCCGGUGAAACCUGGAUCCGUAAGAGCAUGAGGUUCGUCGAAAGCGAAAAUCAGACGAGAUUAAACGGGGCGACGGACCCGUUCACGAAAUUGGCCCGAGCGUAUCAGCUUCUGGACGCCUCGGUCGAGUUACUGACCGGCGGCGAUAUUUGGCAAAAGCUUCGCACCAUCUACGAGAAUUCGAGGGUGAAACCUAUCUUAACUCUGAUAGAAGACCUGCCGAACCUCGCCGUCACCGGUGUUGACACUUUCGUGAAGUCGGAGAGAUUGAACGAUUUCGCGGAGAAACUCUCGUUCGGCAAGGUACACCCGUGCGACAUCGACAAAUAUUUGAUCGUGCCCAGUUUCGUACGGAAGAAGGUCCUUUUGUCGAGCGUCACCAACUUCUGCCAAAAGAUCGUUCUCAACGAGAGACGGCUGACUUUGAUCGAUAUAUUGCCCGUUGAUGUCAAGCUUGAGGAGAGACGAAGAUGGAAUAACUGGUCGGACGUGUACGACGAGAGUUACUUGCUGAAAAAACUGGAGCACGUCGAGUCGACGAUAAUUCGAGCUGCCUCGGAAGGUUACAAAGACUCGAAGGUUCCAAUAUGGUGGACGUCCUUCAAGGAAGCCACGCUCGAAGAUUUUUUGACCCAAUACAGAAACGAGAGAUUGCUCGUGGUGCGUCACGAUCCCCCUCGAAAUUCUGAAUUCCCAGCUGCGGAAUCAUCAGCUGUACGGCAAGCUUCUGUGUCAGUUGCCCAAGUUGAACGUAUCGAAGAUUCACGAUAUUCUGAUGCACGAUUUCUAUUGGAAUAAAACCGCUACCAUGAUAAAGAAUUUCAGCUACCUAAGCGUCAAACGAACUAGACGCGAGUUUCUGGAGACUUUGGAAGGCACGUUCCACCACAUCGCCGAUAUAUUAGUGAAUUUUGGAAACGAGACCUACAGCGACAGGAUGGACGAAUGUUUCUACAGAUUCGUCGGACGUCCCGCUUAUUCCAGACCAGGACUGUACGUGACCAUGGUCCUCGGGAUGUUGGACGCGCUGCAGAAGAACGUGUUCAUCGUGGAGACGAGUCGAAAUCACAAGAACAUCGACGCGUUGUCCAGGAUAGCGGAGAAAUACGUCCCGAUCUGGAAGCCGCUGCGCGACGUCGUGAAGACGUCGCACAUCGAUCACGUGGAGGCGUUCUUGCCAGGGGCGAUGAUUAAUGUGAACGCGUUGUUGAACGACAGAAACAACUCUCUUUGCAAGACAAAGCCGGAAUGCCGGAACGGGACGAUUCUGUACAAUUACCUGAGCUCGAAGAGAGCGGGAAAAGCGUUCCAGUACGAUCCGAAAGCGUUGUCGAGCUAUCGUUCGUUGACGGAGAUCGCCGAUCGAUUGUCCGAGAGUCUGGAUCUGGAUCGGAUCGAUCGCGAGCUGAAGCAGUGGCGUAUGGACGCCGCGUGGAACUUAACGUGGCUGAAGGAGAUCCUGAGGCACUUGUCCGUCGUUAUCGAGGAGAGCGGCAAUCUGCUCGACGUCGCCAGUAAAAUAGACUUCGAGGACGUCUCGAAUGUCCUGGAAGUUCCUGAUAUCGUCGACGGAGUGGUUAAUAUCCUGAAGGAUAAGACGGUGGACAAGCUUUUCGACGGAAUGAAGGAAUUAGCUGAAGACAUUAAGCCGUUCGUUGAGGAUCAAUACGUGCUGGACGAUAUCCAUCGAAUAAUCGCGACGCUACAGUCGAUGGAUAUCUUCAAGAAUUUAGGAUUGCUCGACAUGAAAUACGUUAUCAGAGAUAUGUUCGACAACUGGGACGUGGUGAGAUCGUACCUGGUGGAUAAGAUCGGAAUUUCCAACGACGCCGCGUUGACGCUGAGCCAGGCCAAGAUCGACAUGAUUCCCGUUUUCAUGAAAGAAAGAAGAGCUCUCAGCUUGAGGGAGAUCAUUUGCUCGCCGGCGAAACUCGGCGACAUGUUGAAUUUCAACGGCGGUCGAACCACCCCCGAGGAAAUCAGUUCCACUGUUAUGAGCGCGAACGUGAAAAGUAUAUUGGCCAACGCGAAUUUGACGGAGACAGAGGGAAAAAUGGUACUGGAUAAUCUCGGUGUGGCCGCGGAGUUAUUGCCGUUCUUCAAAGACAAACUUUCUUCCUCUCGAAUGCCAACGGCGGAAACGUUGGAGACAGAUGCGCAAGAACUUAAAGAAGAUCAAACAGUCCCCACCGAUUUUUGCAGAGACACGUACAAGAAUAUGGUAACGAUGGGAGGCGGGAAAAUCAUAUGGUCUUACGUGAAACCUCUGCUACGUGGUCAGAUACUUUACGCCCCCAACACCACGGUGAUCAACGACAUAAUGACAGUGGCAAACAAAACGUUCGUAGAAAUGGAACACUUCGGCGUGUUGAUGAACAGUUUCGAGAGAACUUUGAUCUCGUUGAUGAAUCUGUCCGAGAUGAGCGACAGUUUGAAGGAGCUUCAAGACAUAAUGUCGUCGGACGUUAUAAAAAUCGCCAUCAGAUCGUUUGGUGGAGGGGACUUCAAUGGCGGAGAUUUCGCCGAUAUGAAUCUCAGCGAGAUUUCGUGGCGACUGAAAAGGUCGAAACGUUUGAUAACGAUGGUCGGUAUGUUGAAUGAUUUACUGGAGUGCGUGCUGGUGGAUCGAAUAAGAGGAUUUCGAUCCGAGGAGGAAAUGGAAGCGGAAGCACGGCUUCUGGUGGAAACGCGGGAAUUUUUAGCCGGUGUUGUCUUUUUGGAUAAAGCGCCGAGAAGGUCUGGCCGAUCUACGAAACAGGAACUGCCCGACGAUAUAGUUUACAAAAUUCGAAUGGACGUGGACUACGUGCAGUCCACCAAGAGAUUAAAAAAUCAAUUUUGGACUCCCGGCCCGGAGAGCAGUUUUAUCGAGCACUUGAGGUACCUGAGAGGAUUUGUACAGCUUCAGGAUUCUAUCGAUCGGGCGAUCAUAAGAACGAAGACUGGGAAGGAUCAGAAUUGGAAGACUGUGACGCAACAAAUGCCAUAUCCUUGCUGGAAAGACGUACCCUUCCAAACGACCCUUUACGAGUCUCAGGGUGUUCAAGUUUGUUUCUUUUUCGCGCUGAUGAUGUGCGUCGGAGCAGCCGUCAGACACAUCGUGUGGGAAAGGGAAUCUCAAAACGCGAUGGUAAUGAGCGUGAUGGGAUUGAAGCCUUGGAGGAACACGAUGGCCUGGUUCAUUACCACGUUUAUAGAACUUCUAAUCGUAAUGUUCUCCAUCGCUACGGUUCUCUUCGCCGGCGGGAUUUUACCAAAAUCCGAUCCCUCUCUGGUUUUAAUCUUGAUGAUCGAUUACACCUUCUCCAUCGUUACUUUCUGCUACAUGAUUUCAACGAUGUGCAGCUCGGCAAGCCUGGCAGCGAUUAUCACCGUGGUCAUGUUCCUGCUGACAUUCAUGCCAUACGUCAUUGUCAUUGCUAUGGAGGCGGUUAUUGGCCUCGGUUAUAAGCUUCUCAUCUGUCUCAGCAUGUCGACCAGCUUUUGUUACGGCUGCUUGUACACCGCCAGGAAGGAAGUUCAAGGCGUCGGAUUAACUUGGAACGCGAUGUGGGAGGAAUCCAGUCCCGGCGAUUCGAUGUCCUUGGGCCUGGUAUUCCUAAUGAUCGCCUUUGACGGCUGCCUUUACGCCACGAUCGGCAGGGGCUUUCACGAUUUGAGGUCCCGUAGCCUAUGGUGGGCCGACAAACGUUCUCACUAUGGGAAGCCGAGUUACCUCACCUUCGUCAACAACCUCUAUUUCACUAACGACGUUCUCCACCCUUCAGCCACUUACCAAGACGAGGAGAGCGACGUCAGUAACUUGACGGUCAGCGAGAAACAGACAGGUGUGAGGUUCGACUGCGUCAAGAAGAUCUACAACACUGAUCAGGGCGACGUGUUGGCAGUGGAUGACUUCACGCUGAAGCUUAACGAGGGAGAGGUGACGAGCCUGCUCGGGAGAAACGGCGCUGGGAAAACCACCAUUAUUAAGAUGCUGACGGGGAUGCUGGCUCCGACCACCGGCGAGAUCUGUUUGAACGGCGAGGAUGGCUGCAAGCCCGACAUAGGGGUCUGCCCUCAGGAUAACGUGCUGAUCGGUAGCCUGACACCCAGGGAGCAUUUGAUCUUUUACGCGAAACUGAAACACCCCAAGGAGGACGUGAGCAUGCAACGAAGCGUGAACGAGAUGUUGACGUCUUUGGAACUAGGCAAACACGAGCACGAGCCGGUCUACCGGCUCUCCGGCGGCACAAAGAGACGGCUUUGCGUAGCUUUGGCGUUCCUAGGCUCGCCAAAGCUGGUGAUCCUCGACGAGCCGGGCGCCGGCGUGGAUCCAGCCGCGAGACGCAGAAUUUGGCGUCUAAUCGAUCAACACAGGAUCGGCAGGACCGUCAUUCUGUCGACUCAUCACCUGGACGAGGCUGACGUACUCAGCGACACCGUAGUCGUGAUGCACAAGGGAAAGAUACUCUGCACCGGAUCGCCGUUAUCCCUGAAGAUGAUGCACGGACGUGGUUACAGGCUGCUCGUUACGUUCCCCGCCGAGCGUGACGAAAAUGCUGACUCGAUGGAGAGGAAGAAAGUGGAGACUUUGAAGGGCGUGAUUGAAGAAGCGGUGCCGAACGCGGUGGUUAACGAAGUCUCUAGCACAGAGGCGGUCGUCACGUUGCCUUUCCAGGGGAAGAACGGGAUAAAUAACAACAUUGCGCAAGCUACGAAAGUUUUGGAAGACAGUCGCAAGAUCGUGGGUUACUCACACUUUUCCUUGGAAUGCGAUUCGUUGGAAAGGGUGUUUCUGGAUCUGUGUUCCAGGGCAGAGAGUGGUUCGUCGAUCGUAAGGACUGGCCAGGAUAGCAUCGUCAGCAUAGAUAACGUCGACAAAUCAGAUUUAGCUAAAGACAGCGGUGAUCUAAUUGACGUCGAGGCACCAUUGAAUCCCACCCCUAUUAGGCAGAUGAAAGCUUUGUUGAAGAAACGAAUAUGGCACUUCAAAAAGGACUGGUUGACAUUCUUAGCCGGUCUCCUCUUGCCGACCAUGUUCGUUGCGGUUGCUAUGGGAUUCUCUUUGAUCAGGCCACCAUCCGAGGACGAGCCACCGCUGGUUCUUACCCCGAAAUUAUACGACACACAUCCGACCUAUUUCUACAGUGUCGACGACGGCGACAACUCGUUCUUGCAACACGUGUCACUUCAGCUUCACGAUCGAUUCGGGGAUGACUACGCUGGCGCGUGGCAGACAUUGCCUAAUGACACGGGUGUCUGCGAGUGUUUGGAUGGCCAACAGGUUUGUCACGGUGUGUCCCAAGCUGUCGAAGGUCUGCUGCAAGUAUUGCCUGGCAGGCCAACUCUAGACUGGAUAGUAUCGACUCAUCAAGAAUAUAUAGAAAAGAGAUACGGAGGAUGGUCGUUGUUCGACUCCGACAACGAGCCACUUUUCGUCGUCUGGUACAAUAACAAGGGUCAUCACGCAUUACCGUCAUACUUGAGCGCAUUGAACGAGGCAAUCCUGAGGGCGUCGGGCGUUCAAGCUCGUCUAACAACUUUGAAUCAUCCGCUGAAGCUUUCCAGCGAUCAACUGAACCGAACGACCUUGCUGCAGCACGUGGCCGACGUUGGCGUCGCGCUCGUGCUUUUGAUCGCGUUCAACUUGGUGGCUGCUCAAGGAUCCAAAGAACUGGUGAGGGAAAGAUUGUCGGAAGAAAAGAGGAUCCUUUACCUCGCCGGUGUUCAUCCUGCCACGUACUGGAUCACCGUGCUAAUUUGGGACUUGUUCGUGGGCAGCGUUGCCGUUCUCGCACUUAACGGAGAAAGCCUUCGACGACUCGAGCAUGUCGAACAUGGUGCUCUUCUGCGUCAACACGUUCAUAGGCGUAGCUUCCUUGGCCACCAUUUUGGUGCUCGACAUUCUCGGAAGAACGAAAACGGCGGAGGACGUGCGAGACAUGUUGCACUACGUCCUGUUGAUCUUCCCUCAAUACGUCUUGGGCGACGCUCUGGUUCAAAUAUCGCGGAACGACAUCACGGCACAAUUGUUGGAGAAGUUCCACAUGGACACUUAUCAGUCGCCGUUAGGCUGGGAGUUGCUAGGCCUUCAUUACGUCUUCCUAGCUAUCGUUGGCGCCGUUCUUUUCUCCCUGAAUCUGAUGACGGAGUGCCGACUCGUUCCCAGUUGGAGCAGGCAGAGAUGCCCGUACGAGGUGGUCCAAGAGGACGACGACGUGUCGAAGGAGAGGAUGAGGGUGGAGAGUGGCAUGUCGGACGACAUCUUGCAGACGGUGAAACUACGCAAAGAGUACAGGAGCGUUUACGGGACGAACGUAGCCGUUCAGAAUUUGAGCAUCGGAGUGCAGGCGGGAAAGUGUUUCGGUCUUUUGGGGACGAACGGCGCGGGGAAGAGCACCACGUUCCGUAUGUUGACGACGGAGAUCAUACCGACAGCCGGCAGGAUAAUACUGAGGGGCAAGGAGAUCGGUUCGGGGCCACUGUGCAACGGCGAGGUCGGUUAUUGUCCUCAGAGCGACGGUCUGGACGGCUUCCUUAGUCCGCAUCAGUGUCUAACGAUUCACGGGGAAGUUUGCGGGCUGAGCAACGUUCCCAAGGCGGUGGAGUCAGCGUUGAAGAGACUCGAUCUUCUGAAAUACGCGCACAAGAGAGUGAGCAGUCUCAGCGGAGGCAAUAAAAGGAAACUGUGCACCGCCUUGAGCGUAAUGGCGCCGGUGUCGGUGGUUCUUAUGGACGAGCCGACAAGGUAUUUCGCAAAACGGUUUAUUAAACGCCUCUUUUCUAAUAAACAGAAUCCAAUUCACUCCGUUUUCUCCUUCGAUUCCGCCGUGUACAGCGGAAUGGAUCCCGCGACGAAGGAUCUCGUGGCCAAAACGAUCAGGCGUAUGACGAGGAACCAGAGUUGCGUAAUUCUGACGUCGCACAGCGUGGCCGAGUGCGAGAAUCUGUGCAACAGGGUCGGCAUCCUCGCCAAGGCUGGCCUCAGAUGCAUAGGGACGCCGCAGCAUUUAAAACACAAGUUCGGCGAAGGUUACGUGGCGUUCUUACGAUUCCGACAGCCGAUAUCGUCCGCGGAUCUGAGGAAAGCCGUGGCGAAGUAUUUCCCGCAGGCUGUGGUCUCCUCGAGACAGGCAAGCGCCGCUCGUCUGUUGGUACCGCGAAGCCAGGACAUGCCGGUGAGCAGCAGCUUUAAUAAGCUGAAGCUGCUGGCCGAGGAACUGAAAGCCACGGACUACACGCUGACCCAAAGUUCCCUGGAUCAGGUAUGUAUCAUAAAAGUUUCAAGCAUAUCCGCGGUAACGUAGUUUCCUGUUUCAAGGAUUACGUUUCACUACCGCGUUUUAUGUUGAACUUGGAGCCAAGAGCUAAUACCGAAGGCUAA